AUUGAACUGUUUACAGUCAGUGAACGUACACAGCGGCUCUGUUUCUGCACACCUUCAAGGUUUAAUAAGCUAGUUUUCUGUCGGAGGAAGCGAUAUUAUUUGUGUUUAACAGCUGUCGUGUUUGCAGUGAAGUCCUGCCAUCAGCUGCCUGUGCUGUGUGGUUUAAAGGUCGGCUAAAACGAGCGCGCAGUGGAGGAGCUCCUCAGGGAGACUGACAGGGCCCGGGUGAGAGCAGAGACCAUGGGCCCUACAGGAUGGUUGAAGUGUCCCCUGCAGAGCACCAACAAGCGCUUCCUCCUCAACACCCUGCGCUCCACCGGCCUGCAGCGGCGCACCGGGGAGCCCAGAGACGGACACUCCACCGCCAGAGGGCGCCUGAGGAGCGACUCCCCGGACAGGAGCCGAGACCGCAGCAGAACACCUCCCAGAGAUCACAGAGGCAAUGGAGGCCACACAGACCAUAAACACCAUCACAGGGACAGCUGCAAUAACAAAGAUAAGAAGCGGGACAGAGACAGAGAGAGGAGUUACAGGCACAAAGACAACACAGACCGGAGACAUGGGAGGGAUGGCCACAACAGAGACAAAGACGCACUCCACGAGUAAAGACUUCUGCCCAAGAGAGAAACACUGCUUCUUUUUUUUUUUUUUUUUUUUUUUUUACAAAGGCCACUCCUUCCACAGAGAGCGCAGAGGUGGACUCUCCUGAAACUGCUCCCUGACCAGUUAACACACCUCACAGGGCUGCUGGCAGUCUGAUACACCUGACCGGGUCACCUGGCACAUUGCAGAAGAAGAGUUGUCUUAGUUUACUGACAGGUCACUUUUAGAAAUGACAAUCACUGUGUAGUAGGUUUAUUUGAUCCCCUUAAAAUGUUAACUGUUCUUCUUUUUAAUGAUUCCUCAUUGAAAUUGGAGUGAAUAAACUCUCACGUGGCCUUUAUA